GCUUAGAAAGAAAGGGUAGUUCUGGCCAAGUGAGGGUUUCUCUCCAUCAACGAGGGAAAGCACCGACCGUCCGAGUCUGCGCUGUGGCUGGCACCGUUGAUAGCCGCGGUCUGGCAUGACUACUCGAUUGCUUCUAUAUCCACGGAGUUUCCCUUCUGUGCUGUGCUCCGAGCCGCUUGCUUAUACCCAGUGUCGUCGCGAGUUGAGCUAGCUGUGUUGUGGGCAGUCGGUCCCAUCCCGUUAGGCCACCUCUUGCGACGCGGCUACUGUGCCGCGGUAAUACUGCUAUCUGCAUUCUCUCACGCCCAAAGACGGUCUCAAGCGGGAGGACAGCGUGUAUAUCCCUAUCUGCCUUCGCCUGCGGUCUGUGCCGUUUGUGUGCAGCGCAGAGACGGUGGUAAAAUAGUCGCCGUUGCUGAAAUUGCCCAUAGUAGUUGCUGCUACUGGGUGACCUUGCAUAUGUCUGCUGUAUGAGUCGUGUGACGGUAGACUACUCUUGUUGCUGCUGGCGCAAUAGUGUAACCACUAUCGCGACUGUGCUAUUGCAGAGUAGUUGCCGGCUUAGAGUGGUGGUGGCGAGUCAGGGAUUCGCUCCGGUAAACUCGUAAUUCGAGGCAGUUGUGUGCGUGAGUUGUCGUGGUGUGGAGAAUCUGUGAGUGUGGUGUGAUUUGAGCCUGCUGGGUAUAAUCGUUGCAGUCGUGUCAGACGCGAAAUUCGAACGUGCCACUUGCUCAUUAAAAGGUAGUUGGUAGGGAAUGAUGCUCGGGGCACGAGUGAUCGCGGGUGCGGUAGGUGCUGGUGCCGUCGGAUACCUCAGUUAUAAUCUGCUUGGGGAGGAAGGGAACCUGAGCGUGCCGGGUAUUUCUACCUUAUACGCUGCCAGUAGUUUAUCUACGGUACCGCCCCGUACGACGUUGUCAACACGCGCUCAACAGAUUGAGGCGCUUAAGAAAACGAAAGAAUAUGAUGUGCUGGUCAUUGGAGGCGGAGCGACAGGCUCGGGGGUUGCACUUGACGCGAUCACGCGUGGCCUGUCGACGGCACUUGUCGAAGCGGAUGAUUUCGCUUCUGGAACAUCAUCCCGGAGUACCAAGCUAAUUCAUGGCGGCGUACGCUAUCUUCAGAAAGCGGUGUUCAAUCUAGACUACGAACAGUACCGCAUGGUGAAGGAGGCGCUGAAUGAACGCGCGAAUUUGCUCAGAGCGGCGCCCCAUCUCGCGGACGCACUGCCGAUCAUGCUGCCGGUCUACCGAUGGUGGCAGGUACCUUACUAUUGGGUGGGAAUUAAAUGUUAUGAUAUGGUCGCCGGUCGACAGUGCCUUAAGAAGAGCUAUUUCCUCAGCAGAAAACGUGCCCUCGAAUUGUUCCCGAUGCUCCAGGAGGAACGACUUUGUGGUGCAUUGGUUUACUACGACGGAGCGCAUAACGACUCACGUGUGUGUGUCUCAUUAGCACUAACAGCGGCAAAAUUUGGAGCCAACGUUGCCAACCACGUUCGGGUCCUUAACCUCAUAAAGGACAAGAAUGGACGAACCCGUGGAGCGGUCUGUCGAGACGAGGCUAGCGGAGAAUGUUUUGAAGUGCGCGCCAAGUGCGUUGUGAACGCAACAGGCCCAUUUACUGACAACAUCCGAAUAAUGGACGAGCCAAAUGUUAAAAAAAUCUGCCAGCCGAGCUCGGGGGUGCACGUAGUCUUACCUUCGUACUACAGUCCUCAGAAUAUGGGUCUCCUUGAUCCAGCGACCUCCGAUGGCCGUGUAAUCUUUUUCUUGCCCUGGCAAGGUCAAACGAUUGCUGGUACCACAGACAAGCCCUGCGAACUGACUCACGACCCUGCGCCAACUGAAGACGACAUCCAGUUUAUUCUUAAAGAGAUCCGCAACUACCUCUCGCCGGAGGUUCACGUCCGCCGAGGAGAUGUUCUUUCGGCCUGGGCCGGCAUCCGGCCUUUGGUUCUCGACCUGAGCAAGAAGGUAAAAGGACGCAAACAGUCUAAGGCUGGAAAAACGGAGUCCAUCGCACGAAACCAUAUCAUUUCAGUCAGCGAUUCAGGAUUGGUAACUAUUGCUGGUGGCAAGUGGACCACAUACAGAGAGAUGGCUGAACAAACUGUGGACGAAUGUAUUAAAUCACGAAAACCAGGUGAGGAAACACUGAACCCGAAGUAUGCGUUUUCGCAGACUGACCACGUCCUACUUGAGGGCGCAUCAGGCUGGUCUCCCAUCAUGUACAUUCGGCUAGUACAAGAUUUCGGCCUGGACCCCGAGGUGGCAAAACAUCUAGCAUCAGAUUAUGGAGAUCGCGCUUUUUCCGUGGCCAAGUUGGCUGCGCUGACUGGCAAACGUUCGCCUAUUGUUGGCCGCAGGCUUCAUGAGGAGUUUCCUUAUAUUGAAGCUGAGGUCCGAUAUGCCGUCUUAAAAGAAUAUGCCUAUACCGCCGUCGAUGUUAUCGCACGUCGGCUGCGUCUCGCCUUCUUGCACGUUCAGGCGACCCAGGAGUGCCUGCCGCGUAUCGUUGACAUUAUGGCUGAAGAGCUGAAGUGGGAUAAUAAGCGAAAGAAGGAAGAAAUCGAAAAGGCCACCAAGUUCCUCAAUACGCAGAUGGGUGGCGCUGUUAACAAGGAAUCAAAGGAACAACGAUCAACAAUGUCCUUCACAAAGAAGGAGAUGGAUGAGUACAUCGCAAAGUUUAUGAACAUCGAUCGUGACCGAAAGGGAUACAUCACAGUUAUGGACCUCAAACGAACCCUGAAAGAAUCAGGUGAGGCUCAGGUCAGUCAAGAGCAGCUUCAUGAAAUGCUUAAUGAAGUGGAUAUAAACAAGAAUGGCCAGAUUGAGCUCGGUGAAUACCUCGAACUCAUGUCAGGUCUUAAGACCGGCAAGGUGACAAGCAGCCGACUCGCCAAGGCUGUGGACCGAGACUACGAGAAAAAGCUUUCCGUAGACCGUUCAGGUGGCGGGCUCUAAUUUGCUCUAAUCAGAUGACUCAAAAAGAUCUAGCUUUAUAUUAAUAAUUAGAAUAAAAGCAAAGACGCUGAAUCGAGGGGAGACCCAAGCUGGAUGGAUCAAUCAAUCUUGAGCGAACUGAGACGCAUCUUGUUUUUCAAUGGGGCUCUAUGUAUCUUUGUGUGGUUGCGUAUGUAACGCAUGAAAUUACCUGCCUGGAGACAUUUUCAGUCGUAUCCAAUGAUAUUUGUAUGCACGUAAGGCGUUUUUAGGGAUGUGUUAAGAUACCAACUGCUUCAACAGAGUCCUACGCGUACACAAUUUACAGUAUAUCUGUUUUGACCCAAGGAAGACAGAUUAACUUGCUUUAUGCAAGCGUAUAAUAGAAUGUCCUCUGACACUCCCUCUAGAUAAUAAGUGCAUCAGUCAAAGGUUUAGUAAUGGUCCUUGAAUGUACGGUAGUAAAUAUGCAGUUGUGAAACCGACAUUACAUUGACCUCUUAGGAUUCUCAGUCAAGCGGCCCAGAAAUGUUUGAGGGGCCCAACACAAACAUUUUUCAUUAACACAGUAAACUACAAAUGCAUGAUUACCUAGUGAGCAAUUCGCGUUUGCCAGUUAACAAUGUGUAUCAUUAAAGACACGACUCUCUGGUAACUACAGGGUUACUAGGCUUAGGUAGCGGGAAAGAAACGGUUCUCCACGACCUACCUUGUGUGAUAAUGGGAUCUUGCUGUUGCUUCGAUUUCUCACCACUGAAUCACCACCAAGAUUCGUAUAUCUGAAUUAACCAUAGUUAAUUCCUAAACAAACUAGAAUUUUGUUCAGUAACUGCUGAUUCCUAUCGUCAUAAUGUGAGCGUCAGAUACUGUUAGCCUACAGCCUGUUCGUAUACGCGUAACCUUCAUGUGUGUUGAACGAUUGGCGAAAACGUGCCAGCCAAUUUCAAGAUGCCUGCCUCUACAUCAAAGGAUCUAUUAGGCUCAUCGUUUGAUGUAAUCGACUGCCGACUCAUUAAUUUCGUUGUCUCCAUUAUUCCUCUUAUAGGGGUCACUGCUUUGUUAGGUGAGAGUGUUGACAUUACUGCAAAAUAAAACAAGCAAGGCGACAUACGGUAAAGAUAUGGUAUUAACAAUAAUGCAUAUAUAUAUAUAUGCAUGUUUAUAGUUACAAAUAAGAAUAUGCACGGAAUGUUCGAGGAGAUCGAAGGCAGAUGACACGAGAACGAUGCUUUAUCGUCAAGGACGAAUGCCAAUGAUGAUAUAUAUAAUUUAAUUGAGUAUAAUUUAAUAUUGGUAGUAUACGAGCGUGAGAGAUGCAUUUGAAUAAAGUUUGGACA